GUUCAUUUCCUAUUUGUGCAUUGACAGAGAUGCUCAUUACAGCACGAGGUUGCUAUGGCGACAUGUUUCACAUUAUCUCUGAUGUUUCUGCUCAUGACUGCUGAUGUUGAUGGUCAGCGGGAUUGGGCAGUGAAUUACAAUCCUUCAUAUGUUUGUGCAUUAAGAGGCUCAACAGUGAGAAUGUCCUGUAUUUAUCCUCCUGAUCAUCAGGUCACAUCAUCAUACUGGACCAUAAUAACACAUCAACCUUAUUCAAUGUCACCAAACCUGUGUUCUGACACAUAUUACAGAGAAAAGGUUCAGUGUCACACUAACAGCAUCACUUUAACACAUGUGACAGAAGCUGAUAAACACGUCUACUACUGCAUAUUUACAGCAAGUGGAUUAUACAGUGGAGAAUUGAGAGGGACUCCUGGAGUUCAGCUUGAUGUCACAGACCUCCAGGUGGAGACACAACAGAGAGUGAAAGAGAGAGAUUCAGUCUCUCUUACAUGUAAAACCACCUGCAGACUGACUGAAGAAACAACAUUCAUCUGGUCCAGAAAUGGGCAGAGAUUAACUGAAGGAAAAGUUAUAUUCAAUCAACUUAAUCUGUCAGUCAGUCGUCAUGAUUCAGGACUCUAUAGAUGUGCUAUAAGAGGACAUGAACGUCUUUACUCUCCUGGUGUUUAUCUCAGUGUUCAAUAUGUUGAUGGUGAGCAGGAUUGGGCAGUGAAUUACAAUCCUUCAUAUGUUUGUGCAUUAAGAGGCUCAACAGUGAGAAUGUCCUGUACUUUAAAAUUUCCUCCUGACCAUGUGGUCAAUAAAACCUUCUGGACCAAAGCUGUUGUAACUACUGAAGAACCAGAUGACAUGUGUUUGAACCCAGAAGACAGAAGAGUUCAGUGUCACAGUGGAAAUAAAGACACUCACAGCAUCACUUUAACAGAUGUGACAGAAGCUGAUAAACACGUCUACUACUGCAGAUUUACAACAAUUGGAUUGAAUGAAGUAUGGACUGGAGUUCCUGGAGUUCAGCUUGAUGUCACAGACCUCCAGGUGGAGACACAACAGAGAGUGAAAGAGAGAGAUUCAGUCACUCUUACAUGUAAAACCACCUGCAGACUGACUGAAGAAACAACAUUCAUCUGGUCCAGAAACACACAGACAUUAACUGAACACACAGUGAAUGAGUUUCAUCUGCAGUCAGUCAGUCGUCAUGAUUCAGGACUCUAUAGAUGUGCUAUAAGAGGACAUGAACAUCUGUCCUCUCCUGGUGUUUAUCUCAGUGUAGAAUAUCAUCCAAAGAAAACCUCAGUGUCCAUCAGUUCUUCUGGUGUAAUAGUGGAGGGUGAUUCAGUGACUCUGACCUGCAGCAGUGAAUCAAAUCCACCUGUUCACAUCUACAGCUGGUUUAAAGAAGAAACGUUUGUAGGAUCUGGAAACAUCUACAGAAUCUCAAACAUCAGAUCAGAUCACAGCGGAGAAUACAAGUGCAAGACCAAAAAUAAUCAUGGAGAGAAAUAUUCAGAAGCUGUGAUAAUGGAUGUGAUGUACCCACCAAGGAAUGCCUCAGUGUCCAUCAGUUCUUCUGGUGUAAUAGUGGAGGGUGAUUCAGUGACUCUGACCUGCAGCAGUGAAUCAAAUCCACCUGUUCACAUCUACAGCUGGUUUAAAGAAGAAACGUUUGUAGGAUCUGGAAACAUCUACAGAAUCUCAAACAUCAGAUCAGAUCACAGCGGAGAAUACAAGUGCAAGACCAAAAAUAAUCAUGGAGAGAAAUAUUCAGAAGCUGUGAUAAUGGAUGUGAUGUACCCACCAAGGAAUGUCUCAGUGUCCAUCAGUUCUUCUGGUGUAAUAGUGGAGGGUGAUUCAGUGACUCUGACCUGCAGCAGUGAAUCAAAUCCACCUGUUCACAUCUACAGCUGGUUUAAAGGACAUACGUUUGUAGGAUCUGGAAACAUCUACAGAAUCUCAAACAUCAGAUCAGAUCACAGCGGAGAAUACAAAUGCAAGACCGAAAAUAAACACGGAGAGAAAUAUUCAGAAGCUGUGAUGCUGAAUGUGAUGUACCCACCAAGGAACGUCUCGGCGUCCAUCAGUUCUUCUGGUGUAAUAUUGGAGGGUGAUUCAGUGAUUCUGACCUGCAGCAGUGAAUCAAAUCCACCUGUUCACAUCUACAGCUGGUUUAAAGAGAAUCAAACAUCAUCUGUUGGAUCUGGACAGACGUUCAGCAUCACUAACAUUAAUUCUUGUCUCAGUGGAGGGUUUUACUGUGUGGCUCAGAAUAAACAUGGAUCUCAGAGAUCAGCUGCUGUAUCACUCACUGUUAAAGGAGUUCAGAGUUCUGCUGUAGUUUCUGGGAUUGUUGCAGGAUGUGGAGGAUUGUUCUUCAUCAUCAUCCUGUUUAUAGGGAAAAAAUGGAAAGACGGUGGGUCUGAAGUUAACAGUCAAAAUCAGGACAAUCAAGCAGGAGCAGCUUCAGCCAAUGAUGUUCCACUUUAUUCACUAGUAUCAUCAGCCAAUCAGAGAGAAGUCUCAGUGUCUGCUGAUGCUGAUGAUGUUCAAUACGUCAGUGUCCAAUACAUCAGAAAGAAAGAGAGCUGUGAAAAGGAACAGGAGGAGUGUCAGUAUAUGAACUUUAAAUUGAAUCCUACGUCUGAUCCUGACACUUCGACUGAUGUGAUCUACAGUUCAAUUAAAUGAUCAACAUGUCAUCAGUCUCAAACAUGCGACCAAUAACAAGACUCACUAUCAACAGAACCAUUUCAAACUCUGGAGUCUUUUAUUGAAUUGAAACCUGUUUUUUUUAACAAGAACUUAAUUCACAUUUACGUUAAAGACUUUCAGUAUUGUUUUUUUAUGUAGCUCAUCAUAAUCUACACCCUAACUAAAAGCUUUUUUUGCAGUUUUAAUAUAAUUGUUAUUAUUUAAAUAGCAUUUUAACAGAUUUAUGAUGAUAAUUGUGUUUGUCAAAGAGCUUUUACUCUUUCUGCUGCAAUGUAAAUGUACAGCAUUUUCGUUUAAUACAGUGUGAACAUAUUACUUAAUAAAUAAAA